AUGCUCUCAGAAUGCUUGUUCGCGUCGACUGCGGCGUCCGCAAAAAUCCCGGCUUCGGCUUCGCUGAGGGACGUCGGCAUUUGUCUUCAUGAGCUUCAGCCGUCGUCGACUCUCCGGUCCACCUUCAAAAAGAGCUCGACUGCCCCGAAUUGUCUGGCCGUGAGCGCAUCUCACGUGUUUGCCGCGCAAUCUGAAAAGGCAAUUGUGCACAUCUAUAGCAGGGAAAAGGGCAACCAGGAAGCCACUGUUCCAUUCCCCGAGCGCAUUCGCAGCAUUGCGGUUGCAGGGUCGAAGAAUGGUGAUAUCGUGGUUCUGGGUACAGAGGGUGGCCGCCUGAUCCUUUGGGAGGUUUGCACAGGGCGCCAAGUUGCUACCACAGCAUCGCAUCUGCGGCCGGUUACCUCUGUCGUGGUCGAUCCCAGCUCGAACUUUAUUCUUUCCGGUUCAUCGGAUGCCAGUGUCCAUGUGUGGUCCCUAGUCGAUCUUCUAUCCUUUACGAAACCUCCGUCAGGGCGAGACCAACAGCCUCCGAAUUCGCCAAUCCGCACAUUUUCAAAUCACCGCGCAGCCGUCAGUGCGAUUGUGGUAGGGCACAGUACCGGGAGAUACAAUAUCGCUGUCUCUACAGCUCAAGACAACACCGCCAUUGCUUGGGAUUAUAGGACUGGCCAUGUUCUGCGGAAUUUUCUCUUGCCAUCUAGUGCGGUGUCUGUUGCCCUUGACCCGGUUGAUAGGGCGUUUUAUGUGGGAUACGAGGAUGGCAGCGUUCAGUCGGUAGACUUUUAUAAGGAGCAAUCUGUUCAGCAUCCUCUUCAUGACCCGUCAUUACAGGCUACACCUGCACAAGCCUCCUCUGAGGACCGCUGGCUCCCACCUACUGGCGAUAGCGGUGCCGCGCAUGCGCUUGCCCUUUCUUAUGACGGUAUGACCCUACUAUCAGGCCAUGAAAAUGGCAAAGUAUACUCCUGGAAUGUCGGAAGGCGAAAAUAUGCCUCAACGGUAGCGGACUUUACCCAUCCAGUCACAAACAUUAUCAUGCUACCCCUCGACGGCCUAUAUCAGCAGGCCACUAAUCUAAAGAGGGUAGCGCAUACGCUAGUCAAGCCGAGAUACGAUUCUACACUCUCAGAAAACACGCAGGCUGCAGGUGCUGUCCCUGCCGACUACGAAUUCAGCACCCAUAUACUACCCCCAUCAUCGCCCAGUGCAUCAUCUGUGCAGUCAGACUGGUUCAUGGGCGCCUUCUCUCACUCCUCUUUCCCCACAUCUUUGCUCGAACAAGGCCUAGCCGAGCUAGCUGCUAUGGGCCAGCCUGGAUCGACUGCUGCAUCCGCCCCUUCAAUGAACGUGGCAAUGGAUGUUGAUACCCCCGCCAAGGAUUCACAAAUGGCCUCCCUGGAAAGCGAGAUUUCUACUCUGAAACAGAAGGUCGCCGUAAGCGAUACAGCUCGGCAGUCCAGUACCGAUGAAAUCACGAAACUCCGUUCAGAUCUCGCCAACCUUCAUGAUUACAUCAAUGAGCUCAACGCGAAACAGGAGCAAUCACAGCGGGAAAGGGUACGACGGCGAGCCCGCAAAGAAGAACGGACAAGCCGCCGACGGGAAGCCUGGUUUGCGGCGGAGAAGAAGGGCAAGAAUGGCGAUGCUGUGCUCCGUCGGAUGGAGGUCGAAGAAGAAUCCGAGACGAGUGGCAGUGAUGAGCAGAGCAGUGACGAGCAAUAA